AUGGCCUCGAAGCAACCCAAGCAAUUCUCCAGGGAAGAAGUCGCCAAACAUAACAAGGACGGCGAUUUAUGGAUAAUCAUCGACACCAAGGUUUUUGAUGUAUCGCGCUUCAAGGACAUGCAUCCCGGAGGCGCUGCCGUUCUUCUUGAUGCCGAACUAGCGGGACAGGAUGCAACCGAAGCGUUCUAUGGUCUUCAUCGUCAUGAGGUUUUACAAAAGCCGCAGUAUCAGCGGUUGCAGAUCGGUGUCAUUGAAGGAGAAGGGCCUUCUAUCCAUCCUCGUGCUAUCGGCGAACUUAGCAGGGUGCCGUAUGGAGAGCCAACAUGGCUAACGUCUGGUUACUUCAGUCCAUACUUUUCGGAGAACCAUAAACGGUUCCAGGCUGCAAUGCGUCAAUUCGUAGAUGAAUUCGUGACUCCUGAUGCUGAGAUUCACGAAGAGGAUGGCAAGCGACCAUCUCAGAGUUUGUUCGAUAAGAUGGCGGAACUGAAUAUGCUCGCUAUGCGAAUGGGUCCAGGGAAGCAUUUGAAGGGACUAAAGCUAAUGAACGGUCUCGUGAAACCCGAGGAAUUUGACUAUUUUCAUGAUUUGAUUAUCACCCAAGAGUUGUCACGCUGCAAUGCCCGCGGAUACGGAGAUGGUCUCCUCAGCGGUACAGUCAUCGGGUUACCUCCUGUGCUUAACUUUGGAAGUGAGGAGUUGAAGGCAAAGAUCAUUCCGGAAGUGUUCGCUGCCAAGAAAUUCAUCUGUCUGGCAAUAUCGGAAGCUCAGGCCGGCAGCGACGUUAUGGGUUUACAGACUACUGCAGUGAAAACUGCGGACGGAAAACACUGGAUUAUCAACGGCACAAAGAAAUGGAUUACCAACGCAACUUUUGCUGACUAUUUUACCGUCGGCUGUAAAACUGAGGAUGGCCUUACUGUCAUACUCGUAGAGAGAGGGGAAGGCGUUGAGACUCGUCCAAUAAAGACGAGCUAUUCGAGUUCUGCGGGAACUAGUUUCGUUACGUUCGACAACGUGAAGGUUCCCAUUGGCAAUACGCUGGGCGAAGAGGGCGGUGGAAUCUUCGUUAUACUCAGUAACUUCAAUCACGAGCGGUGGGUAAUGUGCUGCUCGUCUGCAAGAAGUCAAAGAGGUAUAGUCGAUGAAUGCCUCCAAUGGACCGCACAGCGCAAAGCAUUUGGAAAACCUCUCAACUCUCAAGCUGUCAUACGCAAUAAAUUGGCCGGCAUGAUAUCGCGAGCGGAGAGUGUACAGAACUGGCUUGAAAACGUCACAUAUCAGAUGUGCAAUAUGUCUUACAAAAACCAAGCCAGUCAACUUGCCGGGCAAAUUGCCUUCUUGAAGAGUUACUCGACUGCUUGCGCUCAGGAAACUGCAAGAGAUGCUGUACAGAUCUUUGGCGGUCGUGGAAUUACGAAAACCGGCAUGGGUCGAUUCAUAGAGCAUUACCAUCGCACGGUGCCAUUUGAUGCGCUUCUCGGUGGAGCUGAGGAUGUUCUAAGUGAUCUUGGCGUAAGGCAGGCGCUACGAGCCAUGCCUCAAGAUUCUAGACUGUAAAACAACAGUAUACUACGUUCUUUAUUAGGCUCUUCGUUUACCUGGAUUCUUAAUUAUCCUUCCUUGGGUUCAAUAAAGUACAGAUGUUUGAUGUGUGAUUCGGGUACAUGUACAAAUUGCGCAGGACAACAAGAAAAC